GCAGUAAUCCAAAAUGGCGUCGUCAUUCGGUGCGAGCGUGUGAGCUCGCGCGGGGCCGCGUAGCGAUGGGCGAUCGCACGUAGCCCCCGACAUGGAGGAGGACGAGCGGCGGCUCUCGUUCCCGCCGCCGGCGCCGCUCAACUCGCCCGGCGAGGAGAUCGACGGCUCGCGGCUGCUCGGCGAGAUCGUGCGCACGCUCGAGGCGACCAACCCGGAGGCGGCGGCGCCGCUCGUCGCCUCGCAGUCGCGCGAUGCGCUCGACGUCGAGUGCGAGCGGCCGCGGCGUGAGGAGUUGCGUAUACCGCUCGAGGGUGUCACCUUCUCCAGCGAUGCGCAGGGAAAAGCAGGCGGGCGCGAAGAGCCGCGCGCCGCCGUCACGCCGUUCACGCGCGAAUCUGCGCGGCGCGCGGGCUCGCGCGGCGCGCAGCUUGUGCGCGAGUUCGGCUUCAUGCCGCGCCGGCGCCUCAGCGUCGAGGACGGCGCGCGGCUGCCGCGCAAGUACGAACCCUUCCCGCCCAAGCUCUACGGACGCCCGCUUGAGGAGAUCGACAACUUCAUUUAUGAUGAGACAUUCUGCGUGGUCUCAAAGCGUUUCCGCAAGAACUACAUCCACCGCUUCACCGCCACGCGCUCGCUGUUCUGGUGGUCCCCGUGGUCACCGCUGCGGCGGGCGUGCGUCUACCUCUCCACCAACCAGUACUUCGACUACAUCGUCAUGGCCACCAUUCUGCUCAACUGUGUCUUCCUAGCCAUGUCCGAGACUAUCGAAGAGGCUGAGUAAGUGAACU